GAGGUGCACUGAUACAUCGGUCCCAUAUUGGAUCAGCACCGAUUUGAGGAAAAGUGAGAGUAUCGGCAGUCAGCUUUUUUUGUCUGACGUGGCCAGUAAUGUGGCUGAUAAAUGCUGUGUGCACGCGCACAACCACAGUGCAGCAUGCAGGUGGCCAAGAGCACAGCCCAGCAGUGUGGAGAGCAGCUGGGUCUGGCUGAGGUGCUGAUCAAAGUGCAGGUGUAUGAGAGUGGUGACCUCUCCCCCCUGGCCCAGGCUGCUGUGGAGAUUUAUGGGAACCGGACCUCGCUGGCCUCAGGCUCCACAGACCAUGAGGGCAUCAGUGUGUUGCCCAUCAGCUACCGCUUGGGGACCUGGAUCCUAGUCACUGCUGCCAAGCGGAGCUACGUCACCAACUCUGUGCCCUGGCGUGUCGACAAGCUGCCACUGUAUGCCUCUGUGAGCCUGUAUCUGCUCCCGGAGCGACCCGCCACCCUCAUCCUCUAUGAGGACUUGGUGCAGAUCUUGCUGGGAUCACCAGGGGUCAAGAGCCAACCAUGGGUGCAGUUCCAGCGCAAGGCAGCUCGCCUGCCCCGCAGCUCCACAUACAGCCAGCUUUCUGCAUCACUGACCACGGCUAGUGGGGAGCAUGACAUGAAAGGCUUCCCAUCCUUCAUCGGGGCUGAGAGCAACGGUAGUGCCAACAGCACCUGGCUGGAGCUGGCCCCCAUCGCCGCCAUCAGCGUCCACCUCUUCACGGGCAAUGGCACCGAAGUCCAGCUGUCUGGCCCUGUGCACCUAUCCAUCCCACUGCCUUCUGACACCAAUGCCAUGACAGCCACCAGCAUGCCAGCUUGGAGGUUUGACACCAAGAGUGGCUUGUGGAUCCGUAAUGGGACGGGGCUGAUCAGGAAGGAAGGCCGUCAGCUGUACUGGACGUUUGUCUCUCCUCAGUUGGGUUACUGGGCGGCAGCACUGCCCUCCCCAACCACAGGGCUGGUGGCAAUGGCUGCAGGGAUGAAAGAUAUCACCACGUACCACACCAUCUUCUUGCUCACUAUCCUGGGUGCGCUGGCCUUGCUGGUCUUGAUUCUGCUCUGUCUUCUCAUCUACUACUGCAGGAGGAGGUGCUUGAAGCCCCGGCAACAGCACCGGAAACUGCAGUUAUCCGGGACCCUGGAUGCCUCCAAGAAAGACCAGGCCACCUCAAUGUCUCAGAUCAACCUGAUCUGCACUGGCCACAUGGAGACAACAUCAUCCAAUGGGGACACAGACAUGCACACGCCCAUCCUCAAAUCUGCCUUCUCCACCUCCCGUGAGUUCGAGAGCUCCCGCGAGGAGUUCUUCAAGCAGGUCUCCAGCCAGAAGCUGCGGCAUGUCAGCAAGGCCUCCACGGACACCCUCAGCCACCGAGGCGCCCCCAAAGAAGACUACCAGAGGCCUGGGGAGGGCUUCUCAUUGAAGGCGGCCCGCUCUAUGGAUGUGCCAGGUGCCCUGGAGCCCCCGCCGUUAGAUGAGUACAAACGCAGCUUCUCUCACCAGCGCAUGGAGGACAAGAGCACAGAGACACAGAGGAAGCACUCACGGAAUGAAAGUAAGCCCUACCUGCAGGAGCCGCCCUCGCCCCCACCCCUGCCACCCCCCUUUGACCACUAUGUUGGGCACAAGGGAGAGCCCAAACCCCCUGAGUUCAUGAUGUCGCAGUCUGUUGAUCACCUAGCCAGACCCACCUCCCUGACCCAGCCGGGGCAGCUCAUCUUCUGUGGCUCCAUCGACCACAUGAAGGACAAUAUGUAUAGGAACGUCAUGCCCACUUUGGUCAUCCCAGCCCAUUACAUGCGGCUGGCAUCAGAUUAUCCCGGGCCAGACCAGGCUGGGUCUGGCCCAGCGGAGAACCAAGCUGAAAUGGAAGGGCUGCCAGUGCAGGCAGGGAUGGCCAUGCCCCACCAGUUUGGACCCCAGGACCAGCAACGGCAGCUCCUCCAGCAGCAGCUGCAGCUGCAGCACCAACAGUACCAGCAGAUGCAGCAGGCAGGGCAGCUGGGGGAGGACUCAGAGGGCAAGGGCUGGGGGACUCACUCAUCCUCUGUCAGUGGCUCUGUCACCAUCCCAGUCCUGUUCAAUGAGUCUACCAUGGCCCAGCUGAAUGGGGAGCUGCAGGCACUGACAGAGAAGAAGCUGCUGGAGCUGGGCGUGAAGCCACACCCGCGUGCCUGGUUCGUGUCACUGGACGGGCGUUCCUCCCAGGUACGGCACUCCUACAUCGACCUGCAGACCAGUGAGAAGAGCCGCAGCAAUGAUGCCAGCCUGGACUCGGGUGUGGAUGUCAAUGAGGCCAAGCCCCACAAGCGGCCCAAGGAGGAGCGAGAGCGCCCCACAGCCCCUGCCCCAGCCCUCGCCCCAAACCAAGCCCCAGCCCCUGCCAGUGUGGCCUACUCCAAGCUGGUCUUCACCGAUGACACGGAGCAGAGCAGUAGUGAGAGCCGCACAGCCAUCUGCUCCCCCGAGGACAACUCGCUAACACCACUGCUGGACGAGAACGCCGACCACCGGGCUGCCACCAUCCCCCGCCGGGGCCGCAGCCGGGGCAACAGCUCCCGUAGCAGCAACAGCGAGCUGCGCCGGGACUCCAUGACCAGUCCUGAGGAUGACAUGAAUGACCCAUCGGAGGGGGGGGACGAGCAGGGGGACAAGAAGAGCCCCUGGCAGAAGCGCGAGGAACGGCCACUGAUGGUCUUCAAUGUGAAGUAAGCAGCAGGGGGGCUCGGCGCCCCACCCUCUCUGCCCCCCCGGCUCCCCAGCAGUGCCUGCCCCAGCUCAGCCAGUUUGGCAGGUGGGUGGGUGAGCUCCCUGCUCUGGGUGCAGGAGGUGGUGGGGCCAAAUGCACACUCCUGUGGGGAAGCCCCAGGAGACUGGAGGACUCCACUCCCCCAAGGGGAUCACUGGAACCCUGUGAUCAGGGGGUGACAAGACACCUGGAUCCUAUGGACCGCACAGACCUGCCCCACCCCACCCCACCAGAUUUCAUCUCCUCCUGGGUUGAGCUGCAUCUGGGACCCAGGGGAAGGGAGGGACCUGCCCUGGGAGGCAGACAGCGGAGAGCCACAGACCCUGGCCCAUCCUGCGUCUGCCCCAUCCUGGGACCUGCUGUCCAAGGCAGAGGAGGGGCGAGGCAGCCGCCUGGCCAGGAGCUCCAAGAAAGGGGGGACUACAAGGACCAGAUAGCACCUGUUUAAUCCACUGCCUUUAAUGCCUGGUCUCAGCUGCUGCCCCCCUCUCCCCUUCCAGGCAAGGAGAUUGGGCUGGGGUGGGGGGCACUGAGUGAGGCCAUGUUCCCUCUGCCAGCCUGAGCCAAUGCUGGAGUGAGGGUUCUUGCCAGGCAGGGUGGGGGCAGAGCUCGCAGUGCCCCUGAAGCAGAGGAUGGCUGGGUGCCUGGAACUGGCUCUUCUGAAGCACACUGUAGGGUGGUUGGUGCCACCACAUGCUGCCUGCCUGCCCACCCGCCACCACCACCACGGGAGGUGCUGUGCGUGCCGUCUGCCAACCCUGCCUGCAGGACAGGCCUGCGUGUAGCUACUCCUUCAGAGCCAGAGCAAGAAACUGAGGCCAGGGUGCUCCCCGCUCAUGCCCCCCCUGCAUGGAUAGGACAGUGCCUGCUUGUGGUUGUGGGGUGGUGGGGGUCCAUCAUCACCUUCCUCCCUGAGAUGGGGCUGGAUGGUGGCAGUCCCAGGCCUUUCCUGGACAUCUCACUCCACUCACCUGGCCCUGCCAGAUGGGUUUCGAGGCCUGGGUCCCCAGCGGGUGCCUGGCCAGUGCCUGUAGAUAGGGGAGGUGUUCUGAGGGGAACCAGAGUCUUUCCAGUCAGUUGGGUGUCUCUAAUCAUACUGCCAAACCUCUGUAGCAUGAGGACCAGGAAUCUCCUCCAGUCCUUCCUCUGCCCUUGGAGUGCCCCCCCCCCCCCCCCCCCCCCCAAAAGGUGCCUGUGCUGUUCUGGUCCCAUCCCUCUCCAAGUGCCUUCCUGCCCCUCGCUCCCCCCCCAUCCCCAUGGGGGGAUGUCACAGCUGGGAAGUGUGUGCAGGAACAGGCCACAGGCUAAAUCCGCCUUCCUGCCUAAGCUGCUUUCCCUUGGGCAGGCGGCUCCCUCCAGCCAGGCUGGCACAGCUUGGCAUUGUCUCCCCCGCCUCCCCUGCACCCACCCCUGCCAAAGCCAAGCAGGUUCAAGAAUGGAGCCAGGGCAGAUAGGGGCCACUGCUGGAAGAGGACUGAGGGUGGACCAUGCGCUGGCAGGGGGGGGGCAGGGUGCAGGGAGCUGCUGGGUCUGUGCCACAAGGGCUUAACGUCUAAUAGGGAGUAAACCAGACUGUGUACGUGUCUUGUGUGUGUGUGUGUGUGUGUGUGUGGUGCAUCCCACAGUGCCCUGCAGCAGAGAGGCUUCCCCAACCAGAGCCUAGUUGUGGGGAGGCUGUUUCCCUGCUGCCCUGGUGUUGGGGGAGGCAGUGGGGGAGAGACUGGGAGACAUUGUUUGGGAAAAUGGUGAGGGGGCACUGCAGCCAAUGUCUCUCUACAAGAAGGCCACCAGGAACAAGUGGAGUGGGGCAGGCGGGGGGCUGUUGCUAGGGGUGACAUGUCACGGAGAGAGGAGCAGAUUCCACUGGCUUUUACCUUUAACUUCAGUGUCUUUCUGCCCUAAGUGGGCUGGCCCAGGGGCCUCUUCCAGCCCUUGUGACUCUGCCCCUGCUAGCAGCACGGCAGGGCCUGAUCCGCACCCACUCCUUCUCUGUGCCUGCUCAAGCAGUGGGCACCAAGGGAGGCCCAUGUGCUGGUCCUUCAAUGGUGGGGGAAAGGCAGGCAGCUGAACACCCUCCAUUUGAAACAUGGAGGACCAGGGCCUCUUCCUGCAUUGGAAAGAUCUUGCCUUAAAUGCUGUAUGGACCAGGGUGAGCGGCACCUCUGCUUUGCCCGAGGUGGGGGUGGGGGGCACUGGAUAUGUCAAGAGGGGCCAUUCCCCUGCAGGGCUAGGCCGAACCAGGAGAGGCUCUGCUCUGGGAAUAGUCCUAGAGCAGCCCAGUGAGGGACCCACAUGUCAGCCUGGGAGGGAAGUGUGCCCUGCAGUUCCCAUCAGAGCUUCUCCAGGUCAGCUAUGCUCAGGCUUUGCUGGGCCCCUCCUUUUUCCAAGAGCACAAGCCUGUGUAGCCCUAUGUACUGGAAUACAGCCCUAUGAAUACACCCUAUGCAGCAUGAGGCCCCUGCCACAUGCCAGGGCUGCAGGGCUACAUCCCCCCACCACUAGGCCAGAUGCUUUCCCUGCUCCACCCCCCUCCCCAGCCUUCAUCUUAGAAACAGCAGCAGCCAGCAGGACUGGUGGGAUUGGUGAUGCUGAAGCUCCUUUGGUGCCAUUUGGUUCCAGCACCAUGGGGCUCUUGCCAGCACCAAGGCCCCUCUCCAGCCCCUCCCCUUCCUGCCCCCCCCCGCUUGGAUUUUACUCCUGUUUCUAAUGUUUUAUACGUGGCAAGAAAAAAGAACUGAAUGCCGGGUCUGUGCAUGUACUAGGGUAACCCUCCUGGGGGUGGGAGUGGUGGGACAGGGGGACUAGAGGGGAAUUAGCUUGACCCCCACUAGCUCUGCUAGCCACCGACUGAGUGCAAAAACCCUCCUCCCUGUUCCCCUAGGGAGGGACGAAGGAAUCCAGCGAGAGCUCUGGUCCGCACUGGCCUGAUUACUCCUUGUUCUUUAGAAUGGUAUUAAUAUAUAAAACCCCCUUCAAAGCAA